UUCCACUGGAAGUCUGGAAGUUUGUCUGUCUUUAUAUGCCACCAAAAACAUUGAACGAAACCCCAAAUUUUCCCUCCCCAAUUCGAAUCCGCAUACCUGCAAAGAUGCCGCCGAUCGAGAUGCCAAAAGGGUUACCAUUCUCGGUGGAUACAUGGACGCCAUCUUCAAACAGAAAGAAACACCAUUUUCUAACACACGCACACAAAGAUCACUCUCAAGGAAUCUCCACUCACGCUUCUUUUCCGAUCUACGCUACCCCUAUCACCAAAGCCCUCACUCUCAACUAUUACCCACACCUUAACGAGUCCUUGUUUGUUGAUAUUGAGAUCGGUCAGUCGAUUGCUGUUGAUGAUUCGUUGGAGGGCUUUACGGUUACUGCUUUUGAUGCUAAUCAUUGCCCUGGUGCCGUCAUGUUUUUGUUUGAAGGCGCGUUUGGUAAUAUUCUGCACACAGGAGACUGCAGGCUUACACCCGAGUGUUUGCAAAGACUGCCCGAGAAGUAUGUAGGCAAAAUAUCCAGAGAACCUAAGUGUCGGCUUGAUUAUGUUUUCUUGGACUGCACGUUUGGGACAUUUUCUUCAAAAAUGCCUAGCAAACAUGUUGCAAUCCGCCAGGUCAUUGAUUGCAUAUGGAAUCACCCUGAUGCUCGUGUGGUGUACCUAACAUGUGAUCUUCUUGGUCAGGAAGAAAUACUUGUUAGCGUGUGUCAAACGUUCGGUUCAAAAAUCUUUAUUGAUAAAGAAAACAACCCGGAAUGUUUCCAAUCUCUAUCUCUAACCGUACCCGAUAUCAUUUCACAUGACCCAUCUUCAAGAUUCCAUCUUUUUGAUGGUUACCCAAGACUCUCCGAAAGAGCAGAAGCAAAACUAGCUGAAGCCCGGGCUAAUUUACAGCCUGACCCACUUAUAAUACGCCCUUCAGCCCAAUGGUUCGUCUAUGAGGACGUUUCAUCUGAAGCUUAUAAACGAAAAACUGAUCGGUUUAAAGAAGCAAGAAAGGAUCAGUUUGGUAUUUGGCAUGUGUGUUAUUCAAUGCAUUCGUCUAGAGACGAACUUGAGUGGGCCCUGCGACUGCUUGCACCUAGAUGGGUGGUCUCGACCACCCCCGAGUGUAGGGCCAUGGAGCUCGGUUAUGUGAAAAGGCACUGCUCGUAUGGUAAUUUAGCUCCCGAUGACCCUCUGUGGAAGCUUCUAGAUAUUGAUCUCAAGGCUCCAUUUGUCAACGACGAGGAAGCUUCCUGUACCACAUCUCCAUUUCUCAUGUCGCGGUUGGAACCAUCCCAAGAACGUUUUAGCGAGAAAGAAAUAUCGACUGUGUCUUCACAAGCCAAAGAGUCAUCCGUGACUUUGUUUGGAAGAGCAAGGCUCGGGCUCGAUAAUUCUACUUUGAUUUAUGAAAAUAUAGAGAAACCUGUAAUCUCAUAUAUGGAUGAAGAAGAUGUUGAAGUUCAGUUGACCAAAGGUACGUGUGCAGAUAGGGACGGUCCUGAAGGUCAACAAGAGUCAAAGUUAAACGAGCGGGAAGAAAUAGUUAAAAACAGUAGUAUUGCGUGCUCACGAAAGGAAGUUGGUGAGAACAUAAGGAAGUUGUAUAGGAGUAUGUAUGUUUCUGCUCCUAAACCACUUCCUUCAUUGGUAGAUCUGUUGAAUAAUAGAAAGCGCACAAAAAGAAGGCUUUUGUCGUAGAAUUUUCUGGUUAUUGGUCUCGUAUACGCGUUACAGGAAAAGAAAAAAUAAAAAUGAAUGCGAGUGUUCAUGAGUUUAGCCAAUACAUUAUCAAAUGUUUGACGUUAAUUCAAAAUGUAAAUGGAUUUGAUACAUAUUCUUUAGUAUACUUGAAAGCCUGGUUUAGUUGUUAUGAGUUUGAUGAAUAAUAUACAUUAGUGGCUCUA